AUGGCCGGUCAAUCACCGAGAAUCACCGCGGAAAUGAUUCGGGAAAUCGAUUGGUCACAGAUUGAUCGAAGAACCGAAGAGGGUUGGUGGCAUUUGUAUCCAUUCGGUGAGCGCUUCUUGGACGCUCAGUUAUCGCAUCGUCCAUGGAUGGACAAACAAAUCGAUCUCGAUUUCUUCUUCCCAUAUUAUGGUUUUCGCUUCAAUUACACUUUUCUUUUUCACGAAGGUUUCAUCGCUUUUUCGAAUCCAUGGUUUAUCCAACCACCCUACACUUUUCCUAAUCCACAUUGGCCAAAGAAACCAGAUCCAGCGAUUAUCGCUGCUUUUAUGGCUGAUCAACAAAUGCAACACGUUGGCGACACAAGGAUUUCAAAUGUUUGGUAUCGUAUUUUAGAGAGACCGUCGAAUCUCAUUGGAUAUAACAAUUUGCAAACGGAUCUUCGUCCACGAGAUAUGGAACCACCCGGAGGGAUCAGUCAACCACAAGGAGUGUUCAGCUAUAAGGAUCCAAGAUAUUACCGUACUUAUCGAGGCCGUCAGCUGAAAACGGAAGAGGGACGAUUGGAGGAUCCGGAAAUGCUUGAUCAAAUUACACAUGACAUCCGUCACUCAAUGGUUGGCGCAAGAGGAUGGAAAGCCGACUAUGCGAUGAUUGUAACCUGGGAACGAAUGAGCUAUGGUGGAGCGCCAAAAGUCACUCGACUUGAUCAAUACGAACAAGCGAAACGCUGGCAAAACACGUAUCAAUUGGUAAUUGCAACGGAUGAGAUUCGAUCCUAUGUCAUGCUCAAUUAUGCACAUAUCAAUUGGACAUCGAGUACAAUGUCUGGGAGUUUGACGAGAGGAAGAGGAGGGAAACAGAGUGCGCUGGUUGGUUUCAAUGGGGGAAACGGUACUGGAUGGUAUGAAAUGCCAUUUUCUGCUGAUGGAGAUUCAUAUAAAUUGGUCCGUUUCGGCAGCUCUCAGAUUGCUGGUAGAUGGCUGGCGCGUGUUGAUGAGUACAUUCAGUACGGUGGAUGCAAUAAUGAUUCAAGAGGAUCGUUGAAACUCUCGCAAGAGUACGGAAACAUGUUGGGGGGAUUCGCGUUGAAUGUGAGCGGGCCGUGUUUUCGGUUGACUGAUGUGCCAAAGCUGCAAUUCGAUGAGUUGACUGUGGAUUGUGAGAGGAUCGACAUGAUUUUCGUUCGUUGUGUAAUCCCAGUGAAUCGGGUUUUCCGAACAGGCCUUGUCGAUUUGCGACUUUCUGUCGACGGAGGCAAGAAUUACGCGUGGUGGACAAAAUUCUACGUUUUACAACCCGGUCUCGCGCAACGUCGAGUCAACCUUAUCAACGAUGUGAGACAGCCUCACAACAAUUGGCACGCAUGGGAGGCCGAGAAUUUGACAGUGCAUUGGGAAUGGGAGAAUAUAACGAGUAAUCCGAAUACACAGGUGGACAUUGCUCUUUAUGGUUAUUGGGAGGACGUUGAAGGGCACAGCUUUAAACAGAUCGGUUACAUAGCUCGUCGACAUCCAAACAAUGGAGCUUACACAUUCACCCCACGCACAAUGCAAACUGAUUUCGAAGCUGAUAUCGAUGCGUGGAGAUUCUACCGUGGCGGUGUCGUUCAAGUUCGUGUCGCUGACAUGAUACUCGAGGAUCGGGGAGAUAUUAUGCAUUGGUCCGAGCCAAUCCCCUUUGGAUGGUUCUUUCAUAAACGAUGGGAAUACGAAUGGGGACGGGAAUGGCCGUUGAGGCUUUGUCAGGAAUGGUUUGAUUGGGACGGUCGACGAGAGAAUUUCAUUAUGGAGCUAGAGCCGAAUGUGCCUUGUCCAUGCACUCUCUCACAAGCUCAACUCGAUUUCGGUCGCUUUACGGCUCAUCCAGAAUGUGAUAUGAGUGGCGAUCACUCUUGUACGAGAACGCAAGGAGCUUUGCACUGUGUGAUUAGUAGUGCGGCUGUCUGGACUGGCGCUGGUCAAAUGUGCUGCUACGACUACGAGGGAUGGCUGAUGUUCAGUGACGAUUUCGAGUUCAACGAUCAAUAUCUUCGCUUUUAUUCGGCUGGAGUGCCAUACAGAGCUCAUCCAUUUGGUUCAUAUCCAUAUAAACGUCCUCCAUAUGUACCAACAAUGUCCAAUUUCUACAAUGAUCUCUUACCGUAUGAUUUCUGUUGCAAGUGGGCUGGUCACUGUGAAUUCUUCUUUUGGCGUCGACAAACGUCGACUUGUCAAGAAUAUCGACCGCCUGUCAUUGGUUACAUCUACGGCGAGAAUCAUUUCACAACCUAUGACGGCACUCGUUUUUCUUUCCACGGCAAAGGGUACUAUGUUUUGAGCAUGAUGAAAUCCCCGCGACACGAUUUAAUGAUACAAGGACGAAUGGAGCAGCCGGCGGAUACAAUUUGGGAAGAACCAGUGAAAGCUUCAAUUCUGACUGGGAUCGCUGCUAGAGAUAAUGGCUCAUCGGUUGUGCAAGUUUUCGCACGCAAAGAUUUUAGAAGAUGGCGCUACAAAACCGAUGUCUACGUGGAUGGAGUGCGGAUAUUUUUCGACAUGCCUUGGCAAAAGAUACACACUUUUCAAGGUGUAACCGUGCGUGUCCCUCCUCGUAACAUGAAUCAAUCGGAGAUCGAGAUCAUGUUCGCGACGGGAGUUGGAUUGAAAAUUGAGGAGGCGAGGGGAUUGUUGAAUAUAAUCGUCGCGUUGCCCGCUUCGUACAAUCAGACGUCAAAGAUGGCCUGGCAUCCAACCGAAACCCCGUCUUUGUUGUCAAUAUUUGAUGAAACGACGACACAGUGGAUCGAUCCGGCUCUCUUUUCACCGUAUGGCGCUUGCGCAUACACGUAUCGAACUGUUGGAUUGCUUGGUACCUACAAUCAAAACCCGAACGACGAUUUCACAACGCCCGAAUGCGGGAUUUUGCACUCAGCCUCAAAUCAGCGACAACUCUUUUAUGAGUUCGGAGAGAGAUGGCGUCUUGAUCUUCUCCCAAACAUCGGCUCUCUUUUUCAACCUGAACAUCGUCCACUCUAUGAUCCAUUGUCAUUUGCUGAUCCUUUCUACGAGCCGGUUUUCGAUCCGUGGCUUCAAUCAAAUUACUCGCAUUUUGAGAGUCUCGUCUUUAGUCGAGAUGAAGUUCGGGUAAUGUGCCAAGGCGUUCCGUCCUGUGAGUACGACUAUUUGAUGAGUGGACGAAGAGAGCUAGCUCUUGAAACGCUGGACAGUGAGAGAAAGUUCGAGCAAUUCAAGAAAAAAGGAGAAGUGAGAUUGAAAUCGUGCGGUCCACUGAUGAAAAAUCCGGGAGUGAUCAAAUUUCCGCCAGGGAACAAUUAUUUGGAUGGAGUAACCGUGUCUUUUAUGUGUAAACCAGAAUAUUUUCUGCACGGUGAUCAACAAAGAACGUGUAUUAAUGGAACGUGGUCACCGGGAUGGUGGGUUUGGUGUCGAGAUCGAUCCGAAGAAACAGCAUUGAAAUGGAUGACCGGAAUCCUCUCCUCAGUCGCCAUUCUCUUGGCUUUGAUCGCGAUUUUUGUUUUCUGCAUUUUGACUGGGAAACAACGCCAAGCCGAGCAUAUUAGAAGACAGAAAAUCAUCGAAACAUUGAAAAAGAGCCCAGAAUUUAUGCAAAGAAGUCUCUUGACUCCGAACACUCCUCCACAACAACGAGAAACGAUCAUUUACCCGAAGAGCACCGAGGAUUUCAGGGAUCGCUCUCAAAUCUCGAAUUUCGCUUCUCCGAGAGUGCGUUUCGUGAAUCCGUAUCCGCAACGAGUCGUUCAUUUGGGUGGCGGUGAAGGAGUGGAUUUCGCUUUCAACGAAGCUUCUGUU